AUGAACUCAACUUCCAGGCUGGCUCUUGCCUAUGUAGCAGGCGGCUUGACCUUAUGGCCAUUGAUUCUGUUCUUGAAUAACAUAGCAUCAGAUAUGAGAGUCUUGAGCUUCAAAGAUUCCUUGCACAAAUUAUGCCAACUAGCAAUCACUUACAUAGUGGGAGGACUGACGUUUUUGCCCAUCACUUUUAUUAUUGGAUGGCACUUGCUCCCAAUGGCUCCAGAGAGUCCUGAACAAGAGAGAGAACUUGAGGAAGCAAGACAGAAGGAAGAAAGCAAGGCUAAAGGAGAAACGGAAGGCUACAGAAGUUUGAUGGCUGGACAAGUCCUGGAGAAAGAAAGCUCAGACCUGAAGACGUACCACGAAGGAUGGCUAACUGUCACGCGCGAAUACUAUCAAUUCCCACAAAUUGACUGGAGCGAGUUCCAAACACAAGCUUCCUCAGGUAGUUCGUUGGGAUCCGAGCAGGUCAACAACCAACAGGUCCCGAAAAGUGGUAGCUUUCUGAAAAUGGUUAAAGGAAACAAGUCUGCGCCUGCCAAUGCGGAGGAGCCUAAACAAGACACAAAGUCACUCGAUGCCAAGAAGUUGAAGGCGAUAAGGAAGAAGAACAGGUAUUACGCGGUCUUAAAACAUGGCAAUUUGUUUCUGUAUGAUGAUGAAGCAAAGAAGAACGUCCAGUACGUUAUCGUGCUAUCAAACCAUGUGAUAGGCAUCUGGCCAAGAGAGCUGAAGGAUGGCCAGCUUUUCACGAAAAGAGCAGCUGUCUGUAUAUUCAAGAAAGACUUAGAGCCCAACCAUACAGCCCCACCGGCUACAUCCCCUGAGCCCGAAAACCUGGUGAAUAUUUUGCAAGGGAAAGUGAUCCUGGAGACUCCGCCAAAAGAUACUUUCUUCCUCUAUGCAGACCGCAACACUCAAAAGGAGGACUGGUACUUCGCAUUAUUGAGAGCAACCACUAAAGACGUGCCUAAAUCGGGCACUGCCAAAGACUUGCUCGAACCGUCGUUUAUGGCUCGAACACUGCACUUCAUGACUGCAGACAUGAUUGAUCUGAUUCAAGCCAUCAAUUCUUCGGAGGGACAGCUGACAACGCAGUGGCUAAAUGCUCUGAUAGGACGCCUUUUCCUGAGCUAUUAUAGAACCGAGGAAUUCAAAGAGCUCAUAAAGAAUAAGAUCGAUGAACGGCUCAAGAAGAUCAGAACGCCGGACUUUUUGGAUGAUCUGCAAAUAAAAAAGAUUGAUGUUGGACACUCUGCUCCUUUUUUGACAUUUCCCAAGUUGCAAAACCUGACUCCCGAGGGAGACCUCAGUAUUCAGUGUCAUGUGCUUUACCACGGUGGUCUAGUGCUAGAGGUUGCCUCUAAAGUGUUCUUAAACCUUGGGGCAAGGUUCAAGCAGAGGGAGUUUGAUAUUAACCUGAAAAUUGUGAUGAAAAAGCUGGAGGGGGAUAUUUUGCUUAGGAUGAAACCACCUCCUAGCAACAGAGUAUGGUAUGGGUUCACAAAAUUGCCCGAAUUUGAUAUGGUGAUUGAACCAGUGGUCAGUUCUCGUGCUUUGAACUACAAUCUUAUUACCAACAUCAUUACUAACAGGUUCAAGGAAGCAUUGGGAAAGACUCUAGUGCUACCUUUCAUGGAUGAUCUUGUGUUUUAUAGAACAGAAGGCGAGCUCUUCAAAGGUGGUAUUUGGGACAAGUCAGCACGGCCUUCUGCGGCAGCCGUUCCGCCGCAGCAAUCCCAUCCAGUUCCACCGCCAUUACCGUCGCGGGCACCCAAGACGGAUGACCUUGUUAUGGAUGAUACUGCCUUAGAAGAAGAUGACAAUUUAUCUCUCAGCAAUUCUAACAGAGGAAGCACCCAGGAAUCUACCAGGGAUGACACCACUUUCGAAGUGGCGCAGACAGUGACGAACAACUGCGCUCCAGACAGCAUCUCUAUAAUGACUACGGGAUCUGGGGGAUCGUCUUCUUCUUUGGCAAAUACAUCCACAUACAAAGACAGAGCGUCAAUGCUCUCAAAAAAAUUUCUGUCGAUGAACAAAGGAUUGUUAGUGGAUAACACGGCUUCAGGUAGCGCCUCUGAAGGUGCCGAUGGAGAUGGACAAGGCAAGUCGCUGGCUACAUCCUAUUCUAAGCUCAAAGGACUGUACGCUUCAACAAAACAAAAAAUUACUGAAAAACAAUCUACGGCAAAUCUCAAAGAAAUCAACUAUUCUCCUCCUGAGAUGAUUUCGAGCCGUCGAAUUAUCAGAAAAACGCUACGCUCUGCAGGCGAUCAACCAGAAGUUGAAAACCGACAGUCGUCUGCCGAGAUGUUUGCUAAAACAGAGACAACAAGCAUGGAGCCAAUGGUUUCGCUCGGCUAUGAUGAGCAGCAACCAAAGACUCCAACGAGUCCAAACAUGUUUAUUAACGAGAGAUACAGAAGCAGCUCGCUGAGUAAAAAUGUUCCACCCUCGCCGUUCGCAUCUCCUCAAAAAUUGAGACUUGGUGAUCUCGAUAGGGAAGAAGAGACUGAAGAGAUGUUGCUUGCAGACGAAGAUGACGAAUAUGUGGACUCAGGACCAUUGAAAGCACAAACGCAAAAUGACCCCCAGACCAUGGAUAUUCCGUCAGGCACCAGGUUAGUUGAUACUGGCCCUGCACUAUCUAGGGUACCUCCACCACUUCCAGAACGCCGAUAA